GGCACACGCAGCAUCCCCGAGGAGCCGGGCAGCGGCACACGCUGUUCCCGGCAGUGGCAGCAGCAUGCGGGGGGAAGGCACCGCGCACGGGGGCUGGAGCCGCUCCACGCCUGGCGGGGAGACAGCUGGGCCUCCUCCGGACCGGCAGAGCGGGGCUGACUCAGCUGCCGGUGCUGCAGAGCCGCGCGUGGGGCUCCACGUGCCCCACAGCCCGCGGGCUCGGCCCCCGGUGAGCAUCCCAGGCCAGGUGAGCAGCUUGAACCCAGGUGAGCAUCCCGGGCCAGGUGAGCCUCUUGAGCCCAGGUGAGCACUCGGCCCCGGGGCUCCGGCAGUCCCGAGGAGCCGGGAGCAGCGCCGGGAAGCACUCGGCAGGCAGCAGCUCUGCCAAAGGCAUUCCCAGCUUGGCAUGGGACCUGUUCCCCAGGCAAGAAGAGACACGAAGCCGCUGACACGUUUCUUCCUGUUCCCAUUGAAAACUGCGUCGGAGCAAGGCUGACAGGAAUCAUGUGCUGGGUUUAACAGAUUUCUCCCCAGAAUGAGGCUUCGGCUCAGAAGGGGAGAAUGGGAGGGUUUAAAAAAUUAAUACAGAAUUCUGUUUGCCUGGGAGUACUGUCACAGCACACUCGGCCAGGCUGCCAGGUCCCUUGCUGACGCCUCCUGGCCUGCAGGAGCCUGAGCUGGUGCCCCUUGGAAAGCAGCACUUUGGUUUGUGUGGUCAUUAAUAUCCACUGCACAGGAAAGGAUUUACAAAUCAAGAACCAGAAAAUGCUGCCCAUCUGUUACGAGUGGGAACCUUCAAACUGCAGCAUCACAAACUAUCGCCCAGGACUGAGGGGAGAGAAAAGGGAGGGAAGAAAAUAAAAAGGGUUAGAAGCAUGUCCUUCCUGCUGUGUGUCCGGCUGGCUGCAGGCUGGAGGGACACUGACCUGCCGGGCAGAGCAGGGGUGGGCACUGCCCCGGGGCUGGGGCUGGCAGGAAGCGGGGAGGGGGGCACUGCCCGGUGCAGCAGGGAGAAGUGCAAAAUGCCAGGAAAUAUCCAGGAGGAGGAAAGGCCCACGGCCCAGUGAUGAAUGUGGAAUGGCACAGCAGAGAGUCACAGCAAACAGAGCAGGGCUCUGGCAGUUUCUAACUCUGGGCACUGCCCAUGGGUCGCUGCCCUGCUCCUGCAUGGUACGGCAUCUCAGGGCAUGAGACCAGUCCCCUCCUGUCCCAUCCUGUGUGCUCCCCGUGCUGUCCCCACAGGAGGGUGGCAGUGCUGGCCCCAAGCAGCCCCAGCUCACGGGGCUCACAGCUGCCCUGCUCACCCUGCCAGGGAGCCGGGCUGCAGGGCCAGGGCUGGUCAGGCUGUGGGAUGCACCCAGGGCAGCCCGCGGGCGCAGCACUGGACACAGCCCUGUCCCCCUGCCCGUGGAGAACGCGACACCUCCCGAGCAGCGUGUGGCAACUCGCAGCUGGAUUAUGCUUUUGCUGCCCUGGGAGCAACGUGAUGACUGAAUUCCUGAGCAACAAACAGAUUGGGAAACAUGAGAUUGCCCAAUGCACCUGCUGGUGAGUCAGAAGGCACAGACCCGGCACGGGGGUACCCGGAGGCAGCAGGGAAUGACCCUGGGGGGACCAGCCCCUCACUCUGGCAGAGAAUUGGUGCUCCAGACUCGGCUCUGGCCUGAGCCCGGGCCUGAACCCCGGCCGAGGGCAGGGAAUUCCCAGGGCGCUGGGCUGGGCUUGGCACCCGAGUCCUGCAGCAUCCCCAGCCCCAGGCUGCCCUGGUGACACAGGCAGGGCCAGGAAGGGGCCUGGCACGGGCAGCUGUGGCUCACAGGAACAGGGCUCAGCAGGAACUCUAGGGAAGCUGUCUGGCACUGCCAGGCCAGUGUCCGUGUUUGCCAACACCCGGCCACAGCAGGCUCCUCCAAAGGAAAAGGACAUGGCUAAACCCCAUGAAAGGGCACCCAGACCCAGGGUGUGCAUCUCACAGCAGGGACACAGGUUCUGCAAACAGCGUGGAGGCGUUCUGGAGAACAGACACAAAGUGACUGAUGCAGGUAUGGGGAGAGGUCAGUACAGGCAGGCACGGGGACCCUUGAGAGGGAAUGUUGGUACAGGCUCAGGGACCCCCCGAAAGUUUUACAGGGCAAGUUGGAUUUUGUGAAUUCCCUCCAGCUCUCUCCUGUGAGCUGCUCGUCUUUCCUCUCUAUCUGUGCAUCUAUUUUAGGAUGAAGUUUUCACUUCAGCACAGAUGUUCAGAACUGGGUUUCAUGCAGUAACGACAUGUUCACAUCAUUUUCCUUUUUGCACCAGAAACCACGAGCUGAGGAGCUGGAGCCAGCAGCAGCUGGCAGAGCUGGUAAGAGACACUCUGGGCUCUUUCCCCCCUUUGCUUGUGGCUGCCGAUGCCACAGCCAGACCCCUGGGCCACCCCGUGUCGGGGUGUCCCUGGCAGCAGCCCCGGCUGCGGCACCGCUGCCACCCCGGGCAGGGCCGGCCCCCGAAGCGCCCGGCGCUGGACGAGCUCUGCCCGAACCGCGGAGGGGAGCGUGGCAGGCGAGGCCGGCAUCGGGAGAGGAGCGCGGCAGGGGCAGGGAAGGGACCGGCGGAGCCCUCCGCGGCCGCGGGGCUCCGUGCCCCGCACUGCCCCCAGGCACGGCCCUGGCAGCUCCGCCGGGAUUUGCCAGCGAGCCCACGGACCCCGGGAGCUGCCCUGCCGCUGCCCCGGCUCCUGCCUGCACACGGAGAGGCUCCGGAUACCUCCAGCCCCUCCAUUCCCCGGGCUGAGCCCCCCAAAUCCCCCCCACCAGCCCCUGCGCCAUUCCCUCUCUCCCUUCUGUCUCCCGUGCCCGGCAGCUGCCGCAGCUGGGGCUGGCAGGUCGCUGGAGCCGUGCCACCCUGCCAGCCCUCGCUGUGCGUGCCCCGGACCCUGCAGUGGGCACAGCUGAGCCCGUCCCAGCGCCUCUCCCAGGGCAUCGUGCCACCUUGCAGCUGGGACCACAGACAGGGCAGGAAAUACGCUCUUUUAACAAUUCCAGCUAAUAUCUGGAUGCAAAAACACCCUCAGAAUUAUUCUGCUUCUUUCUUCCUGCCACCAUUUCCUGCCCAGGGAGCAGAGGUGAUUCGAACUCUUCCCCAGGUUCCCCUUCCUCCCUCCCUGAAGGCCCCAAAUCCUCCCCAGUUCAGAAAAGCCUCCCAGCUGCAGACACAGGAGGAACAAAAUUCUAUUAUUUUGCUUUUCACAACUGAUACAGUUGUCACUGCUGCUCCCGUGGCUGUCAUUGUCUGGCCCUGGCCAGCGAGGUGCCACAUCCCAGAGGUGUCACAGCGCGGCUUCCCGAGCGCUUUGGCAGCAGCUCCUGCUCGUGGCUCUGCUAGGCAUGCGAGCUGCUGAAUCCCCCGGGCAGGACAGCCCCGGGCAGAGCUGCCCGGAGCCGCAGGGCCGCUGCAGGGCACACCCGGCCCGCUGGGACGGAGCCCGCAGCCACCGAGCCGCUCUCGCAGCCGCGGAGGAAAAUCGAGCUGGGCUCUUUUGGCCAGCCCUGAACACCGGCACCGCUCAGCGCGUUGUUUUUCCCUUGGCAGCUGCACGGGGGAUAAAUGAAAUGCUGGUGCCAUCCUGAGCGAGGGACCAAGGGAGUGCAGGGGACUGGUGCUCGGCCAGCAGGGAUGGGGCUCCAGGUGUGCUGAGCUGGGAAUGGGGCCGAUAGACCUGUCUGGGAAAGGCCAGCUCGUGCUGGGGUCACGGGAGACACCCGGAAUCCCCCUGGAAAACAACUGCCCUGAGGUGUUUCCUUCAAUCAGUUAAAGUUGUGAUGCUGUGAUCAAAAUUCUGAUUACCAGUGAUUUGUGGGAAACCGAGGAACUGCAACACGUGGCAGCAGAGCUCCCUCUAAUGUCAGCCGCUGCCUGGCUGCACCCCACUCCUGCGGCCCCGUUCCCUCACCUCCCUUCCCAGGUCCCUUUAUUCCCUGUGCCCCCAUUCCGUGCUCCUCGGGUUUUUGGUCCCCACUCCUUGUCCCCCCAGUGCCACGCUCCCCUCACUCCCUUCACGCUGAAUUCCCUGCACCCCCAGCUCCCUGCUCUUCAAUUCCCUGAGGAUCCAGCUCCCUGUGCCCCCAUUUUUCACUCCCCUCAUUCCCUGGGCC